UCCAGUGCUUCCCCAUGGGGAAUGUGGCUUUUCAACGCUGCUGAGCUCGGCAGUCGCUUGGCCGCUACUUCCGUUACCUUGAGACGGUUCCUGAGGUUUGGGGUGACCAUGGCCAAGAGCAAGUUUGAGUACGUGCGGGAUUUUGAGGCUGACGAUACCUGCUUGCCACACUGCUGGGUUGUGGUGCGGCUGGACGGCCGGAAUUUCCACCGGUUUGCUGAGAAGCACAACUUUGCAAAACCGAAUGACAGUCGAGCUCUCAAUCUGAUGACCAAAUGUGCCCAGACAGUAAUGGAGGAGCUGGAGGACAUUGUGAUUGCAUAUGGACAGAGUGAUGAGUACAGCUUUGUGUUCAGGCGGAAAAGCAAUUGGUUUAAAAGAAGAGCCAGUAAGUUCAUGACUCUCGUGGCCUCCCAGUUCGCCUCCAGUUAUGUGUUUUAUUGGCCGGAUUACUUUGAGGACCAGCCCCUUCUGUAUCCCCCAGGAUUUGAUGGAAGAGUCGUGUUGUAUCCUAGCAACCAGACCUUGAAGGACUACCUUAGUUGGCGGCAGGCAGACUGUCAUAUCAAUAAUCUUUAUAAUACAGUUUUCUGGGCCCUUAUCCAGCAGUCUGGACUAACACCAGUCCAAGCCCAGGAGAGAUUAAAGGGAACUGUGACAGCAGACAAGAAUGAGAUCCUGUUCUCUCAGUUCCACAUCAAUUACAAUGAUGAGCCACAGAUGUAUAGGAAAGGGACGGUGUUGGUGUGGCAAAAGGUGGAUGAAGUCAAGACACAAGAAAUUAGGCUUCCAGAAGAAAUGGAGGGGAAAAAGAUGACCGUAACCCGGACCAGAACCAGGCCACUGCCCUUGUACUGCGACCUCAUAGGGGAUGCUUUCUGGAAGGAACACCCAGACAUUCUGGAGGAAGGGAACUGACCCUGCACCCUGCACCCUGCAGUUCUGCCGUGCUUACCCAUGCAGGGCUCCCUGAGUCUCCUCCUA